AUGUCCCGGCGCAAGCAGGCCAAGCCUCAGCACGUUACCGCGGGAGAGGAGACGGAGCAGCGAGGGAGGAGAGGCGCGGAUAGCGUGCUCUUGAGUAAAGGUGCCAGUGAGGAGAGCGGCAGUGAGAGCCGCAGCGGAAACGAGGAGACUCUUGUCUGUAAGACAUGUUGUGCUGAAUUUUUCGACUGGUCAGAGUUGCUGGAGCACCAGAAUAAGUGCACUGAGGAGCCUUCUGUGCACAUUGUACAGGAGGUUGAAAGAUUCCCUUCCCCUCAGGGAUCUCCUACGGAAUCCUUCUUAAGUGCUCAUAGUGACCCAGCUGAAAUUGAGAACAUGGAACCUGAGUCUGAAUUGACUGAGAAGGGAGAAGAAAAUGUCAGUCUUCCUGAAGAAAAUGCAGUUGGAGUGGAUGACCCUAUGGAUACUAACGCACCUGUGGAUAAAAUAUCAAACCCCAGCCCUCUUCCACCCGACUCGAGUGAAAGUGAAAUUCCUCUACCUUUAUCAUGUCUAAGCACAAACUUUGGCAUUCCCAGCACAAAUGUAACCUUGGAGAUCCUCCAUAGUACCAGGGUGGCAGUUGCACAGUUUUCGCAAAGUAUCCAAGGUGAUGGAUCUGGAGGAAAGGCAAGUUCAGUGGCAAUACCUAUGAUUUUGGAACAGCUAAUGGCUUUACAGCAGCAACAGGUCCACCAGCUAAAACUCAUUGAGCAGAUCCGCAAUCAGGUUGCUGUGAUGAACAGGCAACCAACACAAGCUGCGCUAAAUCCAGCAUCCAAGGCAUUUCCCUCUGUCUCUUGCACUUACCAUUUCCAGGGCAUGGCCCCUCCUCCUGUACUUCCAUUAUCCGGAGUCAUGCCUUCCACAGUGAAUGGACAAGCAUCUGUUUCCCAGGCAUCAAGGCUGGAAGGCCCAUCAUUUCGGGUAUCACAGCCAAAUAAUGAACAAUCCAAUCCCAGAGAAAGUGAUAGUACCCCCAUUUCAUUAGCAAACCCAAAUGCUCCACUAUCUACAUAUACUAGUGUGUCUACUUUAUUGCCGUCCUGCAAUAGCUCACUCCCUAAUGCUAGUCAUACUCAGCCUCUGAACUCUCCUCGUCCCCAUUCAAUAAGCCAGAGCAAUGUUAUCAACUCUUCUGCCAAUUUACCACUGCUACCUCAAAGUCCUCCUAGAGGAGUCAUCUUCCCAAACCCCCUUGCCAGCAUUGCAGCCACUACCAACGCACUAGAACCACUUGCUUCUAUGAUAAAGCAUCGCAAAAUUAAACUUCCCAAUGCCUCAAUAUUUGAAACCAAGCCCAGCUCUGAGGACCCCUUUUUCAAACACAAAUGCAGGUUCUGUGCCAAGGUAUUUGGCAGUGACAGUGCCUUGCAGAUCCACCUGCGAUCUCACACAGGUGAGAGGCCCUUCAAAUGUAACAUAUGUGGCAACCGUUUCUCCACUAAAGGAAACCUGAAAGUUCACUUUCAAAGGCACAAAGACAAAUACCCACAUGUACAGAUGAAUCCAUACCCAGUACCAGAAUAUCUUGAUAAUAUUCCAACAAGCUCUGGUAUUCCCUAUGGGAUGUCUUUUCCUCCAGAGAAAACAGGGUCAACAUGGUUAGACAGCAAACCUAUUCUGCAGACAUUAAAUCCUAGAUUGGGUCUGCAAUUACCCUCCACAGUAACAGGUGUGGAAAACAGUGAUUCCUUUAGUAAUACACCCACAGGAAGAUCUCCACCAAGGUCUUUACUAGCUAGAAAUGAAAGUACACCAUUGUCUCCAACUGUCGCUAGUACUGAAAAAGAUAUUCAUAUUCAGUCUGACAACCAAUUACAUACACCUAAGAUGGCCACGUGCAUCCAGAUAAACAAAGAAGAAGGCACCACAGCCGUUUCAAAAGCCGAUGAAAUUUACCUCCCCACAAACUGUGUGACCGGUCCAGCUGAAAAUUUUGUCUCUGCAAGUCACAACACUCUUUCAAAAUAUCCAUCAACAGAAACACCCAUUAGAGCAAAUACACCAGAGUCCACUGAUAUGAUUAACCCAGUGAUGAAAUCUUCUACUCCUUCACAAAUCACAGAGCACUUUAAUGCGAGGUUUCCUUUCAGUGGAAUCCAGGAAUCUAUGCACACAUCUGAAACAUCAAAGCUCCAGCAACUUGUGGAGAACAUUGACAAAAAGAUGAUGGACCCCAAUCAGUGUGUGAUCUGCCACCGAGUUCUCAGCUGUCAGAGUGCACUUAAGAUGCAUUAUCGAAUUCACACUGGCGAGAGGCCCUUUAAAUGUAAGGUUUGUGGCCGUGCCUUCACAACUAAAGGCAACCUGAAGACUCAUUUUGGUGUCCACCGUGCAAAACCUCCCCUUCAAGUUCAGCACUCCUGCCCAAUUUGUCAGAAGAAAUUCACCAAUGCUGUUGUGUUACAGCAGCACAUUCGCAUGCACAUGGGUGGCCAGAUUCCCAAUAACCUCCAAACUUUCCCAACAGAUGCUAUUCAUGAAAAAAGCAAUGACCUGAUUCUGGAAGAGAGGAGUUUUGACAGUUUGAAUGAUUAUGACGAUGAUGGACUUGAUGAUAUUUCAUAUGAAGAGGAAGAUAUUUCAGAAAAUGGUGAAAAUCCCCACAACACCUUUUCGGACAGUAGCUCAGCACCAAUGUCACCAUUACCUCAUGAUGUGUCUGAUGUGAGAACAUUAGAUAGUGACUCGACAGUUAGUCUUAGCCAAUUAACUGAACACAAGAUGGUAAUGAGUGCCAUUUUUGACAACGAUCCCGAUAAUGGGUCUCCAUCCAUGGGAAAUAUAGAGAAUCACAGAACUUUUGUGCCAGAGUCAACCAACAUCAUUCACCCUCCAACACCAAAACCAACAAAACUUCAGCCUGAGGGUCUACAGGAUGUUCCAGUGUCACUCAAUCUUACCUUUGAUAAGCAGGAGCGAGCAGCUACAGUUAAAUGUGAAAUGUCUGAUUCCCCAGCCCCAAAUGCAUUAAACGGCACAGUGUAUGAUCAGAUCAGAAAGGCUUCAAUCAUGGAGCAUGGAGUAAGCCAGAGGUCCAGUGAUAUGGAUGAUAGCGUACGGGCCCCAGUUAAGAUGGAGAUAGAAAGUUGCAAUAGGCCAUACACACCUAAACAAGGCCCUUAUCCUGUAUUUGGAUCUAUACAGUCUUCAUCUAUGCCAUCUGAAGCAAUAAUCCCAGGGAUGACUUCACUGUUUGGAAGCCCACCACCACGUAGAACCCCGAAACAGCACAACUGUAAUGUAUGCGGGAAAAACUUCUCUUCUGCAAGCGCCCUACAAAUCCAUGAGCGAACACAUACUGGUGAAAAACCUUUUGCUUGCUCCAUAUGUGGCCGAGCCUUCACAACAAAGGGUAAUCUCAAGGUACACAUGGGCACUCACAUGUGGAAUAACGUACCUGCACGAAGAGGUAGGCGCUUGUCUGUGGAAAACCCGCUGGCUCUUCUAGGUGCUGAGGCUCUCAAGUUCAAUGAGGUAUUUCAGAAGGACCUUGCAGCAAGGGCUAUGAACAUGGAUCAGAACUUUUGGAGUCGAUAUGCUGUUGCCAUCAGCAAUGGUUUAUCCAUGAAGAACAAUGAAAUUUCUGUCAUUCAGAAUGGAGGAGUACCUCAACUUUCUACUGUAGCCAUGGACAAGGCGUGCAGCGGAAACAGCUCGUCAAUCCGUGCCCUUGGGAAAACAAGCGUAGACCUUCCACCUGGACGACACUUCUCCAUGUUGAUUGAUGACAAUAAAGAGAUUAGAAUUAAUUAA